AUGAAGGGCGCCAAAGGCAUCGACAAUCCGGCUUUCGUUCCCUCCAGCCCUGACACCCCGCGCCGUUCGUCUGCAUCGCCCUCUCAGAUUGAAAUCUCUGCCUCACCCUCUGACUCGCAAAAAGAACGUUCACAGCUGCAGGAGCCUCAGGAACCCCAGAAGUAUCCUGAGCCACAAGAGCCUCAUCAGCCCCCACCUCUUUCAGAAACUCCUUCGUCUUCCCAGGAGCGAUCCGGGCCACUUUCGCUAAUCACGUUAGAAGAGGGACCUUGUGGAUGGCGGAACUUCCACCCGAAAUGUCUCCAGCGCUGCAACACGCCUCAGGGCUACCUGCUUCACUAUUGCCUUCUGGCCCUCACACAAGGUAUUGUUGUAAAUGGCCUAGUAAAUAUUAGCAUUUCUACUAUUGAGAAGCGCUAUGAAAUGAAGAGUUCCCUGACGGGUCUGAUAUCAUCAAGCUAUGAUAUCUCAUUCUGCGUGUUGUCUUUAUUCGUAUCAUUCUUUGGUGAAAGAGGACACAAACCAAGAUGGCUUGCAUUUGCAUCUUUUAUGAUAGGAUUGGGAGCCCUUGUCUUUUCCUUGCCACAGUUUUUUAGUGGAGAAUAUCAACUGGGGUCCAUUUUUGAAGAUACUUGCUUAGCCACGAGGAACAACACUAGUUGUAACCCUUCAACAUCUUUGCUUUCUAACUACUUGUAUGUCUUCAUCUUGGGACAACUGUUGCUGGGAGUAGGAGGAACUCCUCUCUACACUCUAGGAACAGCUUUUAUUGAUGAAUCUGUACCCACACACAAAUCUUCUUUGUAUAUAGGAAUUGGCUAUGCUAUGUCAAUCCUAGGCCCUGCUAUUGGCUAUGUUUUGGGAGGACAACUGCUAACCGUGUAUAUUGAUGCUCCUAUGGGAAAAAGGACUGGUAUCACUGAGAAUGAUCCACGCUGGCUGGGAGCUUGGUGGAUAGGAUUUCUUUUGGCUUGGGUUUUUGCUUGGUCUUUGAUAAUACCUUUUUCCUGCUUCCCAAAACAUUUACCAGGUACAGCCAAAAUUCAAGCUGGGAAAAUUUCCCAGGCUCAUCAGAAUAAAAGCAAUUCCAUACAACAAGUAGAUGAGAAUUUUGGGAAGAGCUUGAAAGAUUUUCCAGCUGCCUUAAAGAAUCUGAUGAGGAAUACUGUGUUUAUGUGUUUAGUUUUAUCAACUACUUCAGAAGCCUUAGUUACUACUGGAUUUGCUACAUUUUUACCCAAAUUUAUAGAAAACCAAUUUGGAGUGUCAUCUAGCUUUGCAGCUACCCUUGGAGGAGCUGUUUUAAUUCCUGGAGCUGCUCUUGGUCAGAUCUUAGGUGGUGUCUUCGUUUCGAAGUUCAAAUUGGCAUGUAAAAAUGCAAUGAAGUUUUCAUUGUGCACAUCUGCAGUUGCACUUGUCCUGAGUUUUGUGUUUGUUUAUGCCAAAUGUGAAAAUGGACCCUUUGCUGGUGUGUCGGAAUCAUAUAAUGGGACAGGCGAAAUGGGGAAUUUGACAGCUCCUUGUAAUGCCAAUUGCAAUUGUUUGCGGUCAUAUUACUAUCCUCUUUGCGGAGAUGGAAUUCAAUAUUUUUCUCCCUGCUUUGCAGGUUGUAUAAAUUCUGUUUCAGAAAGACAGCCAAAGAUCUAUAACAACUGUUCCUGUAUUGAAGAGAAAGCAAAGGUAACAUCUGCUGCAGAAAGUUUGGGUUUUGGAGUUAAAGCUGGAAAAUGUAAAACUCAGUGUGCAUACUUGCCCAUGUUCCUUGGAAUUUUCUUCAUUACUGUCAUUUUUACCUUUAUGGCUGGUACUCCUGUAACUGUGUCCAUCCUUAGGUGUGUUAAUAAUAAUCAGCGGUCUCUAGCAUUGGGAAUACAGUUCACGUUUCUACGUUUACUGGGCACAAUACCUGGACCAAUUAUAUUUGGUACGGUAAUUGACAGCACAUGUAUUCUUUGGGAUAUUAAUGAAUGUGGAGUCAAAGGAGCUUGCUGGGUUUAUAAUAACAUAAAGAUGGCACAUAUGCUAGUGGCAAUAAGUGUAACUUGUAAAGUUGUCACCAUUUUCUUCAAUGGACUUGCAGUCUUUCUGUAUAAACCACCUUCAUCAGGUACAGAUGUGUCAUUUCAAACUCAAAAUUCAGUUGUGAAUACUGUUUCAGUAGAAUGUGAUCGCAACAAAGGAGAAAAUGAAGGCUGA